ACGAAGCUUACCGCGGAAAGUGAAACUCAUCUCUGCACAUAUCUUCCCAAAAUCCCUCGCGAUUUUUCCUCAAUCUCCCAAACCACGUACUCAACUAAAUUAAUAGCUAUCGUUAUUAUCACUGCGAAUUUGCAAUCCCGUGAUGUUUUGCUGAACUCAGUGCUUAACACUCUGCAACACGCGUGAAUUUGAAUCUGAUUGUAAUUCAGGUUUUCUCCUCGUGUUUAUGGAAUGAUGAGUGUAACUUGGUUGCUGAGUACUGGUUUUCACAAGAUGGUGCCUAUUCUCUAGAGAGGAAUAUGCUCUCUUACCAUGCUUUGGACGUGGUGGAGUGGAGCAUGGUUAGUGUUAUCGACCUUCCAAGGUUUUCUUUCUCCUGACCAUAAGAGAAGCAGUUACAACGUUUCAUUUUUUGGUAAGGGAGAGGUUAAUCUUCCACAAUGUCUUCCCUUCAACUAUUGCAUCUAACUCGGAAUGGCCAGAGUUUUCUGGCUUCAAGGAGGAAAGCUUUAUUACUUACAUCUGGUAUCUUAUUCGCUGGUGGAACAGCUGCAUAUAUGCAAUCAAGAUUUAGAGCUAAUAAACAUGAUUUAUUUGACCAUUGCAAUGGGCACAACAAUGAAAAAGACACAGAGGAGGAGGUUGUGAAGAGUGUUAAUGCACCAAAAAAUAAACAAAAGAAAGGGUUAAAGUCACUCCAAGUCCUUGCUGCAAUUCUACUAUCUAAGAUGGGCAAAUUAGGUGCAAGGGAUCUUUUAGGUUUAGUUGCUAUUGCGGUGCUGCGAACUGCUUUGAGCAACAGGCUAGCUAAAGUGCAAGGCUUCCUAUUUCGUGCUGCUUUUCUUCGACGUGUACCAUUGUUUCUUAAGCUAAUUUCAGAAAAUAUUCUUCUGUGCUUUCUUUUGUCAACCAUUCAUUCUACGUCAAAGUAUAUAACAGGGACUUUGAGUUUGCAUUUCAGAAAAAUAUUGACAAAGCUUAUCCAUUCCCACUAUUUUGAGAACAUGGUGUAUUACAAAAUAUCGCAUGUUGAUGGUCGGAUAACUAACCCAGAGCAAAGAAUUGCCAGUGAUGUGCCAAGGUUCUGUUCGGAGUUAAGUGAAAUUGUACAGGAUGAUCUAACAGCAGUUACUGAUGGACUUCUAUACACUUGGAGGCUGUGUUCAUAUGCUAGCCCAAAAUAUGUCUUCUGGAUAUUGGCAUAUGUACUUGGAGCUGGUGCUGCAAUCAGAAACUUCUCUCCUUCAUUUGGAAAACUUAUGUCCAAAGAGCAACAAUUGGAAGGAGAGUAUCGACAGCUUCACUCGCGAUUAAGGACUCACUCAGAAAGCAUAGCAUUCUAUGGUGGAGAGAGGAAAGAAGAAUCUCAUAUUCAACAGAAGUUUAAAACCUUGGUUAGGCACAUGCAUAAAGUGCUACAUGAUCAUUGGUGGUUUGGCAUGAUUCAGGACUUAUUACUGAAGUACCUUGGUGCUACUGUUGCUGUUAUUUUAAUUAUUGAACCUUUCUUUUCUGGUCAUCUAAGGCCCGACAGUUCAACUUUAGGGCGUGCAAAGAUGUUAAGCAAUCUUAGAUAUCAUACUAGUGUCAUAAUAUCCUUAUUUCAGUCCCUAGGAACACUUUCUAUCAGUGCAAGACGGCUCAAUCGUCUCAGUGGGUAUGCUGAUCGCAUUUAUGAAUUAAUGGCUGUCUCAAGGGAUUUGAGCUUGGUGGAUGAGAAAUCUUCCCUGCAAAGAAAAGGAAGUAAAAAUUGCAUAAGUGAAGCUAACUACAUUGAAUUUUAUGGUGUCAAGGUUGUGACCCCCACUGGCAAUGUCUUGGUGGAUGAUCUGACUCUUAGGGUUGAACCAGGGUCUAAUCUUUUGAUUACAGGUCCAAAUGGCAGUGGAAAAAGCUCCCUUUUCCGGGUUCUAGGUGGUCUUUGGCCUUUGAUUUCUGGAUAUAUUGUGAAGCCUGGAAUUGGCUCCGAUCUUAAUAAGGAGAUUUUCUAUGUGCCGCAAAGGCCAUACACUGCUGUAGGAACACUUCGAGAUCAGUUGAUUUAUCCUUUUACUAUAGAUCAGGAGGUUGAACGACUCACAGAUCAUGGGAUGGUGGAGCUGUUAAAAAAUGUUGACCUUGAAUACCUGUUGGAUCGUUACCCGCCUGAUAAGGAGGUAAACUGGGGUGAUGAACUUUCAUUGGGUGAGCAGCAGAGAUUGGGCAUGGCAAGACUUUUUUACCAUAAGCCUAAAUUUGCAAUUCUAGAUGAAUGCACAAGUGCUGUCACCACUGAUAUGGAAGAGCGUUUUUGUGCUAAAGUUAGGGCCAUGGGAACAUCUUGCAUUACCAUAUCUCAUCGCCCAGCAUUGGUUGCAUUCCAUGAUGUGGUUUUAUCCUUAGAUGGUGAAGGAGGAUGGAGUGUUCAUUAUAAAAGGGAGGGCUCUUCUACUAAAAUGGGUAUUGAUACAAUGAAGGCAUCAGAAACAAAACGACAGAGUGAUGCAAAAGCAGUUCAAAUUGCAUUUUCCAUGAGCAAAAAGGAUUCUGCAUUCUCUAGUCCAAAGGCACAGUCAUAUUUUGCGGAGGUGAUAUCAUCAUCUCCAUCAAUGAAUCAUAUAAUUUCACCAUCUACUGUUCCCCAACUCCGUGGUAACACAAGGGUAUUGCCAUUGAGAGUAGCUGCCAUGUGCAAAGUGUUGGUACCCACUGUACUUGAUAAACAAGGUGCACAACUGCUUGCUGUCGCUUUUCUUGUUGUUUCAAGAACAUGGGUCUCAGAUCGUAUUGCAUCACUAAAUGGUACCACUGUGAAGUUUGUUUUGGAGCAGGAUAAAGCUUCCUUUAUUCGGUUGAUUGGUUUAAGUGUUCUUCAAAGUGCUGCAUCUUCUUUCAUUGCUCCUUCUUUAAGGCACUUGACAGCCAGGUUGGCCCUGGGGUGGCGGAUUCGUUUGACGCAACAUCUGCUAAAAAACUACUUGAGAAACAAUGCAUUCUACAAGGUCUUUCACAUGGCAAGCAAAAAUAUUGAUGCAGAUCAGAGGAUAACUAACGACUUGGAGAAGUUAACAGCAGACUUGUCUGGAUUGGUCACUGGAAUGGUAAAGCCAUCUGUGGAUAUUUUGUGGUUCACAUGGAGAAUGAAGCUGUUAACAGGUCAGAGGGGGGUUGCCAUACUCUAUACUUACAUGUUACUUGGUCUGGGAUUUCUAAGAACUGUUACUCCUGAUUUUGGUGAUUUGAUAAGCCAAGAACAACAACUUGAAGGAACCUUUAGGUUCAUGCAUGAAAGACUCUGUACUCAUGCUGAAUCUGUUGCUUUCUUCGGUGGUGGAGCUCGAGAAAAAGCUAUGGUUGAAUCAAGAUUCAAAGAGCUUCUCUCCCACUCGAAUUACCUUUUAAAAAAGAAGUGGCUAUUUGGUAUACUGGAUGAUUUUAUCACAAAGCAACUCCCUCAUAAUGUGACUUGGUUACUGAGCUUAUUAUAUGCCAUGGAACAUAAGGGAGACCGUGCUUCAAUAAGUACUCAGGGUGAGCUGGCGCAUGCGUUGAGGUUCUUAGCAUCUGUUGUUUCUCAAAGCUUUUUAGCUUUUGGUGACAUUCUUGAAUUGCACAGAAAGUUUGUGGAGCUUUCUGGUGGUAUUAGUCGGAUUUUUGAGCUUGAAGAACUUCUUGAUGCAGCACAGUCUGGGGACUCCAUCAAUGAUAGUAUUACACCUUCAAUGAUGGAUUAUCAUGCUAAAGAUGCUAUUUCGUUUUCUAAGGUUGAUAUUGUAACCCCUGCUCAGAAGAUGUUGGCAAGGGAGUUGACAUGUGACAUUGAGCUUGGUAGAAGCCUGCUUGUUACGGGUCCAAAUGGAAGUGGAAAAAGUUCCAUUUUCAGAGUUCUUAGAGGACUUUGGCCAAUUGCAAGUGGAAGAUUCUCCAGACCAUCUGAAGAUGUGGAUCAAGAGGCUGGAUCAGAUUGUGGCAUCUUCUAUGUUCCUCAGCGGCCUUACACAUGCUUGGGAACAUUGCGGGAUCAAAUUAUAUACCCACUGUCCCGUGAAGAAGCAGAGUUUAGAGCGUUGACGAUGUACGGAAAAGGCGAAAAUCAUCCUGACCCUAGAAAAUUGUUGGACACGCACUUGCAAACUAUCCUAGAGAAUGUUCGGUUGAAUUAUCUUCUAGAAAGGGACAACAAUGGAUGGGAUGCAAAUCUCAACUGGGAAGACACCCUCUCUCUUGGAGAGCAGCAGAGAUUAGGCAUGGCACGUUUGUUCUUCCAUAAGCCUAAAUAUGGUAUCCGCGAGUGUACCAAUGCAACUAGCGUUGAUGUCGAAGAACACCUAUAUGGGCUUGCAAACAAAAUGGGAAUCACAGUGGUUACUUCCUCACAACGUCCUGCUUUAAUACCAUUUCAUUCCAUGGAAUUGCGUCUGAUCGAUGGUGAGGGUAAUUGGGAACUUCGUUCGAUCAAGCAAUGAUUUUUGCAAGGUACUGUUGCUGCUGGCUCUCAUUAUUACUAUAGAUGUUGCCGAGUCUUGAACAUACAGACUGAUUGCAAGCGGAUAUUAGGUUUGCCAUUUUUUUUUUCUUUCAUUUUUUUUUU